AUGGCGACCUCGAGCACUGCUGCCGCAUCAGCUUCUUCGGGCGGGAAGAGGGUGCCCAAGCCCAUCUCCGCACCUCGAAUAGGCGAUGUGUGGAUCUCACCUCCUCCUUCUCCUGCCGGGCAGGAAGAGCACUCGCAUCGACAAGGCAAUGUGCUCCCUUCUGAACAUAUCAACGAGGCUAAUGCCGCUGCUGCUAGAGCUCAGGCAGAGCUGGACAACAGUGCUAGGACGGCUUUAUCGCAGCGAGUAGCAGGGGGGCCAGGAGGAGGGGUGAUCCUGCGCAUCAAACGCAAGAGAGGUCAAGAGCCCGUGGAUUCGCUUCAGAUUGGACGCUUAUUGGAUGACGAGGAAGGGGAUGAGGUGCUAGAUGCAUCUGAGCAAGUGCGUGGUGCGGACGGGGAUGGGCAUCAAGGGCAAGGCAGGUCGAGAAAGAGACUAAGCAUCAUGAGAGGAGUGCAAGGGGAUGACAAGUUGCACGCUGGAUCGGAAACACAGAGUGGACUCAAGAGGACAUUCUCUAAUGGCACUUCUGCUUCUACGCUGCCUACGCCAAUAACGCAAAGUAGCAAGCGGUCCCAGAGUAAGUUUCAAGAGCAGUGGACGACUGUUAUCUGUGCAUACAUGCGCUUGUCCUGCCCCCCGCAGCCUCACUGACAUCCAUCCACCUCGGUCUCUCACAGCGUUCAGACUAGCCGAGACGGUGGACUUGCGACACUUUUCCGAUCCCGCACUGGCCAAGGACCUGUCUCGCCGUCUGGCCAACUUUUCUCCUCGAGCAUCCUCCCCGACACAGCGGCAGAGCUCUGUCGACGCAUCCGGAAGCGCAUCUAGUUCAGCAUCCCCAGCUCCUCGAGCUGCAGCAUCCAUCUCUACCAAGUCAACCUCGAAACCCGCCGCGGGCUCGCCUUUGCGCUUCCAGGUCAUACGCAAUGAAGCAGAGGCUGUAAGACGCGGUAGUAAGCGUGCGCAUGCAGAGGCCAUCUCCCCUGAUCAGAGCCCCUCACUGUCGAAGACCACUGCGCAAAAAGGCCGGAACAAUCUCUUGCAGAACGAUGCGGACAUGCCCGUCGAGGAUGUUGCCUCGUCUGCGCAAGCGUCAAAUUCGGUUCCUAGAAGCUCCAGCAGACAAAGUGUGAGGAGCAGGACAAGAGGGUGAGUGGCCAAGGACCACACGUCAGACUGGCUCCCAAUGGCUCUGACCGCGCCCGCUCUGCCCACCGACGCGCCGUCCGUUGAUCUGGUGCAGGCCGGGUCAGCUUACUGCUCUGCGCAGAAUGCGGAUCAUCGAUGCGAUCGCGAUUGACAGCCAGAGUUCUAGUCUCACGCGCAAACAGCGUCGAGAAAAGAGGCGCGCCAAGCAGGCGAGCGGAUUGCAUGCCCCAAGACAGUUGCAAGGCGAGAGCAGGUCGGGAACGGUCCAGAAAACGCGGGAGAGGGCCGAUGUGGAUGCGGAAAUGGAUGCGCUGGACCGCAAGUUUGCUGGUCUGCUCGGAGAUUAUUUGAAAGGUGCGUAGCCAGCGUAUCGACGCAGUUACGAACAUCGUGCAUCCCGAAAGACGCUGACCUCCAGCGCCUCUACUCUGUCGCGUUGCCGUUCGUCGCCUCUUUGACUCGAUCAGAAACACACCUGGAACCGCCUUCAGAUCUUGAAUCCAGCAUCUCUCGUCUUACACAUUCGGAAGGUGUACAGAGCAUGCCGAACGAGAAGUCUGUUCAAUCCAAUUCGGCUAGCGAUGCAGAGGAUUCUCAAAGCGACAUUGAUUCGGAUGAGGAUGACUACGUUUACGAUGUGUACUACAGAGAAUCGGCCAGCAUGAGCGGGAGCGAGCGAUGGGCUGAUUUGAGCAACGCGGGUGAUGGAAACAGCCGAGCAGGACUGAGUCCUGCGCCCGUUGCUGGUCACGCUUCGUCCCCGGCGCCCAUCGUCACUGGGCAGCCUGCUCAGCCGGAGAUGCAGCAUCUGUUCAAGCAGAGUGAUAAGAGUCAGGUGGCUACGCUGGAAGGGCUGAGAGCGGAAGAUCUGAUGGAAUGGCCCGACGAUGAGGAAGAGUAUGAUCUGAUCGACGUCAAGACGGGCGGACCGGAUAGUGCGGACGAGUGGGACGAGGGAGAGGAUGAGGAUAGCAAUGAUGAGGGAUUUUAUCGGUGAGUCAGGUUCGGGCAAGGGGCGAGAGAGGCAGUGAGAAAGCGUGUUGGAAACUUCUUCAUCGUGUUUGAUAUUCGAGGCUGACCUUUGAGCUGUUUCACAACCAUCACAACACGCAGAAAUGAUUAUCCAGAUAGAGACGUCGAUUCGGAAGAUGAGAUGGCGUGGGAUCAGGAUGAAGAUGAAGAUGACGAUGAUGAUUACUGA